AUAAGUAACUGCCUAGGGAGAGUACAGUCCCACAAGGGAGAACCUUAGCCAACUUUAAAAAUACCCAUAUUCCAAAAAAAACUCAUCAAAGCCUGACAAUACAUUUCGUAUUGUUACUUUUUAAUCCGUAACAAUCCGGCCAAUGUAACUAUCUAACAGGUUGCUGAAAGAGUACAAUGAGUGCGACCUUGUAAGGAAAGCUGGACCCCACGUCGAAUAAAGCCGUCCUCGUCGGGCCGGCAACUGCAGCUGCCCGUUAUGUGAUAAUUUAUCAUAUUUUUAGCGUCAGCCUCUAACAAAUUAUACGAGGGAGCUCGGAGUUUGGGAGGGCCAAGGAGAGCGAGAUUUGUCGCUUGGGUAAACUUUGGAACAGAGCAAUUUAAUUACGCCGAGAGGCUACAUCCGAGAAGCACCUGGGUGGAGUGAAGUCCCAUCAGAGCUUGACGCAGAUUGGAGUUUGAAGUUGCAAUAAUAGAGGCACUGAUUCCUUGCUACUGAUAUUGACGAAUUUAGUGCAAAUGGGAAAUUGAUGGUGUUAUAAUGAAUGAGACUGCUUUACCCGGAUGGGGGAACGCACCCAAUACCAUACAACUAGUCGAGUAAACGGGGCUGACGCUAUGCAGAUCCGUAGAGCUAUCCUCUUCGGGUUCAUCAUUUUUUCGACAUGGCCACGUCAUGAGGGUCACAAGUCGCUAAAUUCAUUGCUAUUUCGAAAAAUUGUCACCGGGUUUAACACAAAGUAUAUCUCCCUGUAUGAAUCGGAAAUCAGCCAGGACCACUCCAUGGUAAACUUCACUUUGAACUUUUCGCGGAAUAUUACUGUGGACCUGUGGCUAAGGGCAGCGAUUGGACAGCAGGUGUCUAAAAGGGAGGACACCUACCGAGAUGUUUUUUCGUACAACGUCAACCUCUGCCAGGUGAUGGGAAGAGGCAAGGGCAACAGCCUCAUCAACUACUGGAUGAACAAUGUUCUCCGGCAGUCCAAUAUGCCACGGAGCUGUCCCAUUCCGGAGGGAAAUUACUACAUGCGCAACAUUCGAUCAGAAAAAGAAACUAUUCCCCGAUUCAUCCGUUCGGGUAGCUUCCGGAUAGACUCGAAUCUUUACCUCAGACAAUGGAACAACGACAACCUGACGAACACGGUCUUCUACAUCGACAUAAAAAUGAAGUGAAUGGGAAACAGUUUCCGGAAAAAGGGUUCACCUCAAAUUCACACCAAAUGUCACUUUAAAAAUCAAUGAAUUAUUGAAGGGAUCAAAUCUCCCCUGACUAACACAACUUCUCACUUCCCAUUCGCGCAAAUCGUUGCACGUGCAAUUCGCAUAAAUAAAUUAAUGGCCCCACUGAGAAGGACGAGGACCAGGGUGCGGAUGCGUCCUGCGACACGGACACCGGCGGCGUUUGAAGUCCGGAACCUGAUUGGGGCGAGCUGCAAGCUGCGAUUUAUGCGAGAGCGCAAACUAUUGCGAAAUAAUUUAAACACUGUCAAUAAUUGUUUGUGGACAAAGUAUUUCUCCAUCGAAAAGUUUUCGUCCUUGGGUCCUGGAGCUUGGCGCCUUCGUCCGGCUUCUCUCGACACGUUUGCACGCGCUCCCAAGGAUGCCACGAAUUUCUUUUCUUUGCAUUGCCAUCAAUUGCACUUCCGAUGGCGGAGUGAUGGAGCAGAUAGCAAUUUCUUGUACUUUGUUGGCGCCUUGGAGGAGGCUGGAGCUGCCCCCAGCUGCUGUAGUUACGACCUAACCAUUUUGAGCAUCUUUCAAAUAAAUGCGCUGGGAAGCCGGAGAGCCGAAGGACUUGGGGCAGGAUGUAGGAGUGGCGUCGUGUACUCAAGGAAAUUGCCAUCAUUAUGCUUGUCGCAGUUGCUGUGCUUUGUGUUCAAUAAAGUUUAAUGUUUGUUUGGCGUGAAAUUGA